AUGGCGUCGUGGAAAGGCUUUGGUUCAGUAGAAGGGUACAGCCCUCAAAGUACACAGCUGAAAGAAGCUUGUUUCAAUCAUUUCGACGGGGACAGGGAUGGCUCCCUCAACGGGGAUGAAUUUCACAGCCUCUGUUGCGAUCUCUUCACGAUAGAUGGGACUGGUCACGUGGUGUCUAAGUCGGAAUCAUUGGCUAUGAUGAAAGUUCUGGGCGGGAAAGAGUUUAAUGGGCAUAUCACCCGGGAAGGAUUCGACCAUUGCUGGAGGUUCUGGUUUAAUCAGAUUUUGACCCCGAAGGCCGCAUUGAUUGUUGUAGACGUCCAAAAUGACUUCAUUGAUGGUUCACUUGCACUUCGGAACUGCCCAGCCAGUCAAGAGGGAGCCGACGUUGUACCGGUCAUUAACCAGCUGCUGGAUUAUGUUCAGUUUGACGUGGUGGUAUACACGAAAGAUCUCCACCCUCCAAAUCACAUGUCCUUCUAUGAUAAUCUGCAUCUCAGGAGACUCCACCCAUCCAGCAAGGUAAAAGCUGAAGACGCCCGCAUGUUGGACACCGUCGUGUUUGACAGAAUGCCGUUAGUCGAUCAGACUUUGUGGCCCGUGCAUUGCAUUGAGUCCACUUACGGAGCGGAGUUUCAUCCAGAUCUAAAAAUAGUUGACAACCACAUCAUAGCUCCAAAGGGAACGGACCCCGAGAUUGAAAGCUACUCUGUCCUUAUGGAUAACACAAAACAAGUCAAUAAAGAACUGGUUGCCGAAUUAAGGCAGAGAGCGAUUACUGACGUUUACGUCUGUGGUCUGGCUUACGAUCUCUGCGCAGGCAGCACGGCGAUGGAUGCCCAAAGUUUCGGGUACCGGACUAUGGUAGUCGAGGACGCCACGCGUUGCGUGUGCCAUGAGAAGACAAGAGCUAUGAAACAGGGAUUGCUCAAUGCUGGGUGUUUGGUUGGCAAAGCGUCAGAGGUCCCAGCUAUGGUAUCAAUGCAGACAAGACCUCCUCGAUGGGGGCUAGUGGCGGCACUUAACGUAGCGGCCGAGCUCGGUACUGGUCCUCUUUAA